AUGGUCGAGACUACUGCCGAAGAUGAAACCUCCAUUUUCCCGCCGAAUGUGCCUCAGCCUGACAUCUCGGAGUCCGCUAUGCCUCUUAAACAGCUGCUAGAAGCUGCCAUGUGUCGCUCCUUCAACCUCAAUGGGAAUGCUUCCAAAGAAUUCCUCCCCGAGCCUAACAUUGGCCGGAUCCUUACCACGGAGUCGGUUCGGAAUGCUCUACAGACUUCUUGCCUUGGCAUGCCCAACUUCAUGUGCGGUAUCUAUGCUUCUGCAAUCUUCAGUCAGAAGAAGACGUACACCAAGAUUUUUGCCAUUCUGGUCUUGAUCGGUCGAGUCGAUGCACUCCCAGGAUUCAUACAGAACUCUCUCGGCGACGAGCAAUUGCCCUUGGCGUUUACUUCCCCUCCGGUAGAAAAGACCACCACCUUAGUGCGGUCCACGACUACCCCGUCCUGUUUCGAUCUAUCAUUGGUCGGGUUCAGUCACUACGAAACUUUACUCUUCGAGGAGACGCAGUGGAAAUUUCUGGCGCCUGUAUUUGCGCGACGAGAUCUCGACGGCGAGCCCCGCCAGUUCCCGGCGGGUACUGUCCUCCCUUUCGUCAUGCCGGGCUCCUCUGAUGGGGUGCGGACUCUUCGCAACGGUCCGAGCAACAAUUCUCACAUAUACCACGCCCAUGUUCACGACGGACAUCACGACUUUCCCGUCUCCGGGGUCGCAGUCAAGGAGCUCCUCCACGCGGGGUCGGAAGACUAUCGGCGUGAGGUAGAAGCCCUCAAGACCUUUGGCGGCCGAGACCAGCCUCAUGUCAUUGAGCUCCUUGCCACUUUCAAGCGUGGGAAAACCUACUAUCUGGUAUUCCCCUGGGCCGAAACCGAUCUUCACGGCCUCUUCGCUGGCCAGCCAUCUUCUAUGCCUUGUGACACGGGCAGUACCACAAAGGUUACGACAUUCACCGCGAAGCAGAUGCUUGGCGUGGCCGAGGCCCUGAAGGCAAUCCAUUACUGCCGGCUGAAGAAGCGUCCCAACAAAGAAUGCCAUGAAUCACCUGUGAGGACCGUUCGUGGCUAUCAUGGGGACAUCAAACCGGAAAAUAUUCUCGUCGAGAACGGACAGUGGAAGCUCGCCGACUUUGGCCUAUCCCGUAUUGGUAGCGGGACGGACCAUUCGCUGGGAGAUAGGCCUGCAGGCUGUUCGCCGACGUACCGCGCUCCGGAGCACGAUGUGGGCGCAUUUGACGGCCAAAAGGCAGACAUCUGGUCACUCGGCUGCGUCAUGAGCGUAGCAGCUACUUGGAUGACACUGGGACGCAAAGGGGUCAAAACAUUCAGCGCCAAUCGUCAGACAAAGGCCGAUGGACGGCUCGACAACUCCUUUUUCGAGGUUUCCAAAGACCAGGCGAAGGGGACUCGAAUCAAACUCAAGGAUGCCGUCUCUCACUGGAUCAGCAGGCUUCGUCGAGCCCCGACAGCGAGCACAUUUACACGCGACCUACUGGAUCUGAUUCGGGACGAAAUGCUGGAAGUCGACGGGUCCAAGCGGAUAACCAGCGCCGACGUCGUAUCCAGGCUCGAGAAGAUGUACGAAAAGUGCGCCGAUGACCCUGGCUAUACAAAGCCAGGACCUUGUGGAGGCAUGUCAAGUUGGAACUGCCGAAGCGCGCUUUUGAGGGGAUCCUCGCCUCACGAAGCUCGGUCUCUCAGUGUGAACAUGGUACAAAUACCAAGUCCAAAACGACAGAAUCGAACAUUGCAGACUGUUCAACCUCCGCUCGCUCCCUGGAGUCCCUGCUACUCAACUACUGGGUUUGGUGACUGGGUUGACGCAACGUCUGGUGUGCCAUCGUCAAGCUCAUUGUCGGAGUCAUUCCCUCCGGUUCAAGCUCAUUACGACAGCUCCAUGAAUCAGCCAGUCCAUGUCUUUGGAGACAUGGCCUUGUUAGCCUCACGAGACAAGGGUGAACUCACGUCUCCGAACAUAGAAGAAAAUCUACCCGCUUUCGAGAAUUCCUCGACGUCUCGCCUCACUGUCCCUCAAAGCACCAGGGAGAAAAAGCGGCGUCGUGGUCCUACAAGCGAGCAGGCUGGCCGUAAACGGCAGAGGUCGCAGAAACCGCUGACAUGGAGUGCUGCAUCUUCACCAGGGGCGGCCGAGUCAUGCUCCGAGUCUCCUACGAGUGCCCAGAGGGUAGAGCGACUAUUUGCUUGCCCCUAUUUCAAAUACAACCCGGUAAAGUAUGGCGUGAAGGAAUGGAACUCCUGUGGAGGUCUUGGCUGGGAGAUUCCCAGACUCAAGGAACAUCUCCGUCGUAAGCAUUACGCUGCUGGAUACAGAUGUAGCAGGUGUCUGCAGCGGCUACCAACGGCGACAGAACUGAAUGAUCACUACAAGGCUAAAGUCCCAUGCCUUAGUCGGAAUGACGUGGUUGAUGACAAGAUGGACGACGCCCAAUUGAGCUCAUGUCAAGCCCAGAUGCGCGGCAUGCCGGGUGCCUACAAAUGGGGUGAGAUCUACAAGAUUCUUUUUGGGUCGACAUCCCCAGAGGAAAUUCCUUCUCCAUAUCGCGACGAGCUUGAAAGGUUCCGCGAGUUUCUGGAGUCGCAGAAACAGCAUGGAAUUUACGACAACGUCCAGUUGGAGAUUGACAUAUGCCUAAAGUGGGUUCACGAAUUCCAGAACCCAAUGUCUUUCACACAGUCAUCGACGUAUCUAUCUGAAGCGCCGUCGAUGACAGGUGGUUGGUCCAAUGAUUCAACACUAUCCUUUGAUGCAAUAUCGACGCAAGUUGAAGCGGAGCGGGUUCAAUAUGAGUACAACCGAGCGACUGAUUUCAACUGUCAAGGUCAGCAGAUCUGA